AUGUCUAAUGGUCCAAUGAGAAAGUCAUUGGACAUUGUCCACUGCCAACUCGGGGUUAAAGAGUUGUCAGUAAAAACAAAAAAUCAAGUUAGUAUUGUAAAAUCAUCCUCAACGUUGAAGAAAGAGCCAAUACAAAAAGUGGAUAAAUUGAUCGAUAACUGCUUAUUAAACGAACAGAAAAGUUUCACGGUGGUUUUUAUUUUGGUUUCAUGGUUGUUAAAAGUUUUAUUACAAUUAAAAAAUAAAAAACCAGAUAAUGAUACUAUUGAAGCUGAUAAUGGUGGUAAUAAAAUCAAAGAUGACAAUAAUUACAACGAUGAAGAUUUAGAUUAUAAGAGUGGAAAUUCUAAAGUUGAUUUAUUUAUUGAAGAAACACUAAAAAAAUCUGUAGGUUGUAACGAUUUUAUUGAAUGGAUUCCCAUUAAAAGAAUAAUCAACCUGCAUUUCCUUACCUCUGGUGGAAAUUCAGAAGUUUAUGCCGGCAACUGGAUGUUACCAGUUGAUGUUGGAGCUAAAAUUUAUAUUGGGGAUUUUGGAUUAUGUCAACAUGAAGAAGAAAUUCAACAAGACCUUGGAAACAGUUUGAAUGUUGUUCAAGAAAAAGAAGAAUAUAUAACAAGAGCGCUAGACUAUACUUUAACAAUACUUUAUGAAGAUGAAAGAUACAUUACUCAAAAAUAUAAUUUUACUGUGAAUG